AAAUAGCAAAAAAAAAGUAAAUAAAGAAAAACAGCAAACGUGUUAGCUGAGCGGCAGUAGAUACGCAGCAAUAGCCCCAUAAGAACCACAAAACCAAAACCAAAGCCAGAGGUAACCAGAGAGGCAAACCCAUCGAAAAUCAACAAAUCAACCAAAUCGCCUGCUGGCUGGAACGAUCGAACGCUCUCAACGGCACAACUAAAUCCAGAAUCGAGACAACAUUCAACCCAAGAUAUUUGAAUCGUCCUUAAACCCACAUAGAGCAGGAGAGAGCCAUCGCCAGAGCGGCAAAAGUGUUUUAAAAUCGCGGCCACCAAAUGCAAGAUGGUUCCGGACCAACCAGUAAAAAUGCAGUCUGGGCCGCCGUUACCUUCGCAAAAAAAUACUAUAGCCGGACAGACUGCGGACAGUUUUGCAACUGCUCCGUCCACUCACUCGUACGGCGGCAUCCCGACUUCGUCCGGCACCAGCUACGUUUCUAUUGGAAUCUUGCCAGGGUUGGGCAGUAUACCGACAGGCACGAGCGGGACGCUGCCAUUGCUUCUGCCUACAACGAGUCCUUCGACCACGACCUUCAAAACGACCCCCUUGCUGCCGAUGCCGUCGCUGGAAGACAUCGAGGUGGCCAACCAGAUUCAGACUCAGAUGCAGACACAGACGCAGAGCCAGGGCCAAGCACUAGUGCAGCAGCAGCAGCAGCAGCAGCAGGCACCCGCGGGAAUCCUUAAAUAUCCAAAUCCCCUGCCACCACCCAGCGUCAACUAUAUCGGAGAGCUAAUGCCACUCCCACACGCACACCCACACCCACACCCACACCCACACACACUUCCACCCACCAGCACUCCCACCUCCGGCACAGCACAGAUGAGCAGCAGCAACUGUGGCACACUCAAGAGCACCGCCAAGCUGCUGCCACUCCAGCUGAUGGCCACGGCCGGACCACCACCCAACCAUCCACCCACAAUGUCGUUGCCCCCAGCCUCAGCAGCAGCCUCGAUCCAGGCGCAGGCGCAGGCUCAAGCCCAAGCCCAGGCGCAGGCGCAACAACAGCAGCAGCAGCGCCAGCGGAGGCGACACGGUUGGUGCGGCUGCUUUGGGUCGGGCCUCAAUACCAGACCCGUGGAGAAAACAACGCCGCCAGUGCCGCCGGGCUAUGCCACCAAGUCGAAGAAGCGCAAACCCAAAUCGCAGACAGUCUGGUCCGCGUUGCUCACAAAUCUGGGCAUUUGCAUGCUGCUGCUGGCCUACACAUUGUUGGGCUCCUUCAUAUUUCUAACCAUCGAGAACGAGGACUCGGCACUGCUGCAUCAGCAGCACACACUGGCAAGCACCAAGCGUAAUCUGGCGGGGAUUGGGAUUGGAAGUGCCAUAGGGAAUGGCAUUUAUCAGCAGCAGCAGCAGUCGCCACAUCAGUCGCAAAGGUCGCCGCAAAUGCACCAGCAGCAGUCGCAGUCCCAGUCGCAGCACCACAAACAGAAGCAGAAACAGCAGCAGCAGCAGCAGCAGCAGCAGCAGCAGCAGGCAGGACAACGACAUCAUCAGCGUGCAGGAGGACAACACACUGUGGACAAUGACACGGUGGCGGCAGCAGUGGCUGCCGCCCAGGGAAUGCUCGGAGCAGGACCAGGCAACGGUGGCACCUCCUCCUAUGGCAUGCCACCGCAGGGUGCAUCGUCGAAUGACUUUGUUUAUGGCGGCCUGGAUGUGGCAGAGCCGGACGAGGCUGAGAUGCAGGAGGUGCCGCACUUUGGACUGGGACUCGCUGGACUGGGCAUCUCGCCGGAUACUUAUGACGUGCGGCAGCGGACCAUUGAGAAUAUCUGGGACAUAACCGUAUCGCUCAAUAUACUCUACAAGGAGAAUUGGACAAAAUUGGCAGCACUGGAAAUAGCCAAGUUUCAGGACCAAUUAAUCAAGAGACUGAACGAGGAUGUUAUGCUGCAAUUAUCACACGAGGAUGUGGCCAACGCUGGCGGUGGCGUUGGCGGUGGCGGUGGCAGCGGCAACAAUCCAGCCACGGAAGCCGUUCUACUUCACACCCACUUUUAUCAUCAUCGUGCCGCAGGCGGCGGCGUUGUGCCCGGUGCCACGGGUGGCCCUCCGCACGAGUGGAAUUUUGCCAAAGCGUUUUUGUAUUCGCUGACCGUUUUGACCACAAUUGGAUAUGGAAACAUUGCGCCACGCACCACUCUGGGCAGGAUCGUGACUUUGGUUUACGCACUCUUCGGCAUUCCCUUGACCCUGGUUUACUUGAGCAGCACUGGCAGCAUUCUGGCCAAGAUCGCCCGCGAAGUGUUCUCGAAGGCGCUGUGCUGCUGCCUGUGCUCGAACUGUGGCUACUGCUGCUACGACGAGAAGCGAAUGGCCGAGAAGGAGCGACGCAUGCGACGGAAGCGACAGCAGGAGGAGCUGCGCAAGCAGCAGGCGGCCAUGCAGGAGCCAUACUAUGUGCGGGAUGUGUACCACACCACGCCGGAGAAGCAGGCGGAGGCAGAGGCCGCUGGUGUGGCUCCACCAGCGGCAACGGUGGCCUCCGUCUCCAACUCCUCGGGCGGACUGUCGGGCAUCAGUGGCGCUGGCGCUGGCGCUGGCACUGGCGCUGGCGCUGGGGCUCCACCCUCAACUCUGCCGAAUGACAUUGACUCGUUGAGUGCCAGCGAGUCGCGCGGCUCGAUGCACGGCCUGAGCAUCAUGGCACCCAUCCUCCUCUGCUUCUCGAUGAUGAUCAUCUACAUUGUGUUCGGCGCUGCGGUGCUGUACCGCCUGGAGAACUGGCCCAUUGUCGAUGGCAUCUACUUUUGCUUCAUGAGCCUGUCGACCAUUGGCUUCGGGGACAUGCUGCCGGGCCUGAGGCGCGAAUCGAACACCACCACCUGGUUCUGUUCGGUGUAUAUUAUGUCCGGCAUGACGCUGACGGCCAUGUGCUUCAAUGUCAUCCACGAGGAGAUUGUCCAUCGCAUACGCAUUGUUGUUGACUUCAAGAAAACCGAUUUGGCCAACUCAAACAACGGGCUGCCCACGGGUGGACCUGUCAUUGUCGCUGGCACUGGCAGCGGUGGCUCCAUGAUGGACCUGGGACCCGAUGACUCCGGACAGUACUAUGUGCCGGCCAAUUCCUGACAUUAUGAGCGGCGUGCGCAUCUCUAUCAGCGCAAUCCCACCGAAGAGACCCUGGUAACAGACACACCCACAUCGCUGGUGCUGAAGGACUAUGUGAAUCACGAGCUGGUGCCCAUUCUGACCAUGGAUCCCAACGGAGCACCACGAUUGGCAGCCGGGCCUGUGCCAGCACCCGCCUACACGCCCACAGUGACAUCCUGCG